AUGGACCACUUCAGCCAGUCUACACCAGCAACGGUCGGGCAGAUUAGCGGGCGACCUGCAUCAGUCGUAGUCAUCCAGCCUGCAUCAGUCGAUUUCGUCCAGCCUGCAUCAAUCGAAGUCGUCCGGCCUGCUUUAGUAAGAUGCAUCCAGCCUUCUUCAGUGAGAUGCAUCCAGCCUAAAUCAGUGAUAGUUGUUCUGCCUGAUUCAGUAAUAUGCAUCCAGCCUGCAUCAGUCGAAUUCGUCCGGCCUGCAUCAAUCGAAGUCGUCCGGCCUGCUGCAGUAAGAUACAUCCAGCCUACUUCAGUGAGAUGCAUCCAACCUGAAUCAGUCGUAGUCACCCUGCCUGAUUCAGUAAGAUGCGUCCAGCCUGCUUCAGUAAAAUGCGUCCAGCCAUCUUCAGUAAGAUGCAUCCAGCCUGCUUCAGUAAAAUGCAUCCAGCCAGCUUCAGUAAAAUGCGUCCAGCCUGCUUCAAUAAGAUGCGUUCAGCCUGCUUCAAUAAGAUGCAUCCAGCCUUUUUCAGUAAGAUGCAUCCAGCCUUCUUCAGUAAGAUGCAUCCAGCCUGCUCCAGUAAGAUGCAUCCAGCCUGCUCCAGUAAGAUGCGUCCAACCUGCUUCAGUAAGAUGCGUCCAGCCUGCUCCAGUAAGAUGCGUCCAGCCUGCUCCAGUAAGAUGCGUCCAGCCUGCUCCAGUAAGAUGCGUCCAACACGCUUCAGUAAGAUGCGUCCAACACGCUUCGGUAAGAUGCGUCCAGCCUGCUCCAGUAAGAUGCGUCCAGCCUGCUCCAGUAAGAUGCGUCCAGCCUGCUCCAGUAAGAUGCGUCGAACCUGCUCCAGUAAGAUGCGUCGAACCUGCUCCAGUAAGAGGCGUCGAACCUGCUCCAGUAAGAUGCGUCCAGCCUGCUCCAGUAAGAUGCGUCCAGCCUGCUCCAGUAAGAUGCGUCCAGCCUGCUUCAGCAGGAUACGCCCAGCCUGCUUCAGUAAGAUGCGUCCAGCCUGCUCCAGUAAGAUGCGUCCAGCCUGCUCCAGUAAGAUGCGUCCAGCCUGCUCCAGUAAGAUGCGUCCAGCCUGCUCCAGUAAGAUGCGUCCAGCCUGCUCCAGUAAGAUGCGUCCAGCCUGCUCCAGUAAGAUGCGUCCAGCCUGCUCCAGUAAGAUGCGUCCAGCCUGCUCCAGUAAGAUGCGCCCAGCCUGCUCCAGUAAGAUGCGUCCAGCCUGCUUCAGCAGGAUACGCCCAGCCUGCUCCAGUAAAAUGCGUCCAGCUUGCUCCAGUAGGAUACGGCGAGCCUGCUUCAGCAGGAUACGGCGAGCCUGGUUCAGCAGGAUACGGCGAGCCUGGUUCAGCAGGAUACGGCGAGCCUGGUUCAGCAGGAUACGGCGAGCCUGCUUCAGCAGGAUACGGCGAGCCUGCUUCAGCAGGAUACGGCGAGCCUGCUUCAGCAGGAUACGGCGAGCCUGCUUCAGAAGGAUACGGCGAGCCUGCUUCAGAAGGAUACGGCGAGCCUGCUUCAGCAGGAUACGGCGAGCCUGCUUCAGAAGGAUACGGCGAGCCUGGUUCAGCAGGAUACGGCGAGCCUGCUUCAGCAGGAUACGGCGAGCCUGCUUCAGAAGGAUACGGCGAGCCUGGUUCAGCAGGAUACGGCGAGCCUGGUUCAGCAGGAUACGGCGAGCCUGCUUCAGCAGGAUACGGCGAGCCUGCUUCAGCAGGAUACGGCGAGCCUGCUUCAGCAGGAUACGGCGAGCCUGCUUCAGAAGGAUACGGCGAGCCUGCUUCAGCAGGAUAG